CACAAAACGGGUAGGAAUACGGCGAAGAGAUCUUGCUAACCCUACAGGCCUGUUCGUUUCAGACCGGCAUGAAGGUCGAAAGUAGGGCGAUACCGUAGACCUUUAUUAGGGCAAGUUUAUGACUGAUUUGUUUGUCUAGACAGAUACUUACCUCCAAGAGCUAUCUCGGGGUGAGAAGUGCGAGCAUUGUGCCGCUUAGUGCCUUAAACAUUUGUGUUGUCUUUAGUCGCGGUUAAGGAGCAGAGAGAGAGAUCAUGGCUUUGGUAGGACUGAGAGCCUCCUAUCACAGGGUGCUGGGCAAGAUCGAGCAUUUACUGCCUGCUAAACUGAGACCCUUGUACAACCACCCUGCAGGUCCCAAAACGGUUUUCUUCUGGGCGCCAAUGUUUAAAUGGGGCCUGGUUAUAGCUGGUUUAGCAGACCUGACCAGACCAGCUGAAAAACUCAGCACAUCACAGUCUGCAGUGCUGACAGCUACAGGUCUUAUCUGGUCCAGGUACUCACUGGUUAUUAUUCCUAAGAACUGGAACCUGUUUGCUGUUAAUUUCUUUGUGGGAUCUGCAGGUGGAUCUCAGCUCUACCGAAUAUGGAAGUACAACCAAGAACAGAAAGCAAAGAAGACUGAAGAGGUUUAAUACUGCUGAUACAUCAGUGCCAUCUGGUGGACUGGAAGGAAAUCCAGUUUAAUGCUCAGAAUAGUACAGCAACUUUUUUAAUUUCACAUUUUAGUUAUCUAUUUUGUCCAUUGUUACAUAGUAAGGCUCAAAAUGCUAUCAUGAAAACUAAUGUCAUUUACGCACAGCACAUACCAUUAUUAAUAUAAAUAGGAAGUCUUCUGUACAUUUAGCAACUUUUGUUAAAGGAAAGAGUUGAUUUUCUCAAUUCUUUAGAAUCUACAAUCUUAGUACUUCUUAUAGAUACCUCAAAAUUGUAAUGCAAGGGAUAGCUAAAAAAAUAUUAUUGGAAAAUUAUUUAUUUAGCAGUUGUUCACAUUUAAAACCAUGUGUUUAAAUUUGUUAUUCAUGUAAGUAAUAACACUUUUGUUAAUAUCCAUGCAUUUCAUCACAGUCAAGGAGUAGAACUGUCAAAUUGAGGUCAACUGUAAGUUAAAAAUAAAACCUACAUUAAAAUGAA